AUGACUUGCUUCUUUUCACUUGCCCCUCGUCAUUAUUCUCUUCCAGCAUUCAUCCAAGGUAUGUCGAUUCAUGAAUAAUGCGAGCCGUUUUUACACACCUACACAUAUAUAUUCCUUGGCUACCUGCUGUCGUCCUUGUAAUCUUUUGUCACCAAAACAAACCUCCACGAAAUUCUAUUCUUCUUUUUUCAACAUUACGAAAACCAUCUGCAAUAACCGCUUCGCUUGUACUCGCUUCGCUACCUCUUUGGUGUUUGGUAGUAGGCAGCAAACAACAUAAGUCAGGAAAUCAAAUCUCGAAGUCCAGUAUUUCAGGCUACGAAUCCGCCUACUGAAGACCAUCAGACCCCUCAAGACGAAGAAGGCUCUCUAAAUGCGAGAGCCAAUAAGGAGCUUAAAGUUUCCGAGCUGCCUCCGGAAUUACAACUUAAGAUUCUUGAAGAACUCGCCGUGCCACCUUUCCCCUCUCUCGAAUGUCUCUUUGAAGACUUCCAUGAACCUUGGAAUUGCAGUGCUUGCAAAGAUACAGAAAUUGAUGCUUAUGGGUGGAAAUUAUGGCCUAUCACUCUAGAUCCACGUAUUAGCACAGUCUGCCGGUCUUUUUAUGAAGAGGGCCACAAAAUGCUUUACAAGCAUCAUACCUUUGUUUUCCACCAAAGGCCAGAAGCUCUGCGGUCCUUCUACGAUAUAGGAGGAACGGCACUGGGCAUUCGAGAUAGACUGGCUGUUCUUCUCUUGAAUUUUAUCGAUAUCAAUGAUUUUUAUGCGUAUCGGCGAAAUCCUACGCUGGGAACGAACCGCGCUCAGGGAACUCAAACCUCCCUUUCGAUUCACAUGCCUAACUCCAUAGACAGCAGAAUUCCUUUCAAGAGCCUCCAAAAUCCAGCGGAGUUUCGAGCUUCCGUUCAGCAUCUAGUUCUUGUUGUGCAUCCGCGCGUAACUCAAGACAUGUCUCCAGAAGAAUCCAACGAUUGGGAUUGGCCACUAAAAGUGGACGUAAGUACUAUAUAAUAUUACUCUACUGCUUUGGAAACUUGCUAAUUUCCUCAAAGUGGACAACACUCCCAAAGUUAAAGACUCUCUGUCUUGAUCUCCGUGGAAUAAACAACUACAGAAAAUUUAAGGGGGGUGGGAGUUGCUUGCGAAGAAUCAAAAAAGGGGCUAGCCGGAUGAAGGGCCUCAACUUGGAAAAGCUUGUUAUUGUUGGUCUUUGCACCGACGAGUUUUACUAUAAGGAAGCUUAUAAACAACGUGUAAGAAGGAUAUUCAGCCUGGCGCUUUCGAAAACUGGGAAACUAGAAUUCAAGGAUUGGAGGCGAUUCGUCAUAUGGUAAUUGUGGUAAAGGGGUCAGUGACUGCUAUGGAUCUCGGUACACGGUCUCUGGGGUAAUGUCAUGAUAGACGGAGCGAGGAAUGGAUUUAUUUCAUAGAGAUAGCAUGAUUAAUGAAUGGCGACUUUUGUGACUAUGACUCUAGAGCUCGAAUAAGUGACCUUGCUAUUACUGUCCUCUGUACGUACAUGUGACUCAAAGCAACGUUGUGCCAGAUAGGCUCGCGAAAAUAAAAAAUCAAGCUAAUCAUAAAAGCCAACAAUUCUUCAUCUCACCAUUGACCUAGGUACUGUAAGAAAUCACGAUGUCAAAGGGGUUGUAGUACGAUAUCUUUUCGUUGCAUAAGCGUACUCAUGACUGGUUCGCUUACCUCAGAAUGGUCAUAGGAUCCAGUGAUAGAUAAAGCAAAGCGAGUCACGAAGUACGCGUUUUGAGUGGAAACUAAACAACCAAGCAGUGGCAAGAACAUAGGUAGAAUCUUUGAGUUCCCACUCAAGAGAAGUGGCAACAUGCUAGCUUUGCUGUGAAUAACUCACUUUCCUCAACGCCUAGGAAUUACCGGAAUCGUGAAGUCACAAACAACUCAAUUAUCCAGUAUUCAAAUCCUUUGAGAACCAAUGUUGGAACGACAGAUCGAGCGGACUCUACCUCCAGGUAUUCAGUUUAUCGCUCACCUUCUAUGAAUCUCAUCCCCUUAUAAGCGAGUUCUCUAUCCCCUGUUUUGUCGGGGCCUACAAAAACACGCCGAGAAGAACAGACUGUGAUUUUGGAAGUGACUGAAAACAUGGCGCUGGCUUCUCACGUGUUUCCGUGGAUCAUCACGUUGGAAAAUCCUUAAGGUCUGGUGGAUGCUUUAUGCACAUGUGGUAGUAAUAGCAAACAGUUGCUACCAAACACUGGAGGAACGUGAUAUCAACAGAUUGUCACAAGACUCCUUUUAAAGGCCCCCAUGACUUCUCGUGCAAUCUUCAAGAGUCUGCGAUAAGCCACUACAAAGAGUUGUACGAAUAUAAAUAGAAGCGAGAUCCCCUGUCUAAAAGCUUCAACCCCAACCUUCGUCAAUAGGCCCAGGAAAUUUAGCUGAGGUUUCUGCAGAUCUUUGCAGUACGACGCGACUUUCAAGAGGAACUACACUACGUUUGAGUACUCAACAAAAAACAAGUCUAUUCGCUUCUUCGGCAGGUUAAAGCAAGAAGAAAUGGACACGGACGAUAGGAAGGAUCAAGAGCCUGGUGAGAAAGAUGGAAGAAUUGCAGAUGCACUGGAGCUCAUAGCCGUUGUCAAGUCUUCUGUGGGGGAAAUAAUUGGAUAUUUUCUUGAAGAUGUCGAGCGCCGUACAAACCUUACCAAGAUGCUGGAGAGUCUCGGGGUGGAGCUUGCGAGGCUUACCGAAGCACUAAGCCCAAGGGGGGCUGGUGAGGGGAUUCCUGACGUUAUCGACUUGACAACGGCCCGCGAGUAA